ACCCCACUCAGCACCGGUCGGCAAAUUUGUUCGUUUCUUUUCGCCUCCCACGACUCCACUGAAGCCAGCGGCAAGCUACACUGGCAUUUUGCCUCCUUGGGUUUCCUAUAAUUCUUUCCUUCCCGUUCGCCUUAUGAAGAUCAGAUUAGGGCUAUUACUAUCCCUAAUUGUGCCCGUACUCCUUGGGCUCUUUUUGGAGAUUUUCAUGGCAGAUCAGGAUUCCCACUUGUAUCGCCGCUCGUUGUUAUUGCUGGUCCUCGGGGUUGGAUGCUAUGCAAUUUUGAACGGGGCUUUACGCUACAUGCGUUGUAGAAAGAGAGUGGCGGAUGCUGUCGUUGAAGAAGCAGAAGAAGAGCAGCUCGCAGAAAAACCCUUGUUGAACAAGCAAAGAGAUCCGUUGAUCUCGUCUAGGGAAUUGGAGACGGAGGCAUCUCCAGGUAGCAAUUUCACUACGGUUCAAUACAUACAGUUGGAGGGGAACAGGAGCAAAUCGCAGGAAAUCGAUGAGGAUCUCCACAGUCGCCAGCUAGCUGUGUAUGGAAGGGAGGCCAUGAGACGACUCUUUGCCUCAAAUGUUCUCAUAUCCGGUCUUAAUGGCCUUGGCUGUGAAAUAGCAAAGAAUAUAGUCCUUGCAGGAGUAAAGUCCGUUACCUUGCAUGAUGAAGAGGAUGUACAAAUAUGGGACUUGUCUAGCAACUUCUUUCUGUCGGAGGGCGAUAUUGGUAAAAAUCGAGCCCUUGCUUGUCUGCAAAAGUUGCAAGAUCUUAACAAUGCUGUCACGAUAUCAACAAUUACAGAGAAGUUGUCAAAAGAGCAUCUUUCAAAUUUCCAGGCCGUUGUCUUUACUGAUGCUACUUUAGAGGAAGCCAUCGAAUAUGAUGAGUUCUGCCACAAUCACCAACCGCCAAUUGCCUUUAUAAAAUCUGAAGUUCGAGGACUUUUUGGUAGUGUGUUUUGUGAUUUUGGCCCAGAGUUUACUGUGUUUGAUGUUGAUGGCGAAGAACCUCACAGUGGUAUUGUGGCUUCUAUCAGUAAUGACAACCCUGCAGCUGUCUACUGCAUUGAUGAUGAAAGGCUUGAGUUCCAAGAUGGGGAUCUUGUUGUUUUCUCUGAAAUCGAUGGAAUGAAUGAGCUAAAUGACGGAAAGCCAAGAAAAAUAAAAAAUGUAAACCCAUAUUCAUUUACUCUCGAGGAGGAUACUACAAAUUUUGGCAGGUAUGAGAAAGGAGGUAUUGUAACACAGGUAAAGCUACCCAAGAUCCUUCGCUUUAAAACCUUAGAAGUUUCUCUUAAGGAGCCAGGUGACUAUCUUCUGAGCGACUUCUCAAAGUAUGAUCGCCCACCUUUAUUACAUUUGGCUUUCCAAGCCUUGGACAAAUUUAGGCAUGAUUUGGGUCGUUUCCCUAUUGCUGGCUCUAAAGAGGAUGCUCAGAGGCUGAUAGAUUUUGUUACUAACAUCAAUUUAUGCCUGGUGGAGGGUAAACUGGAAGAGAUUGACGAUAAGCUGCUGCAGUAUUUUGCUAGUGGUUCCCGAGCAAUUUUAAAUCCAAUGGCUGCAAUGUUUGGUGGCAUUGUAGGCCAGGAGGUUGUGAAAGCGUGCUCUGGGAAGUUCCAUCCACUUUUUCAGUUAUUCUACUUUGAUUCGGUUGAGUCACUUCCAGCGGAACCAUUGAAUGCUGAUGAUUUGAAGCCUUUAAAUUGCCGUUAUGAUGCCCAAAUUUCUGUUUUUGGAUCAAAGCUUCAAAAGAAGAUUGAAGAGGCUAAAGUCUUUAUGGUGGGUUCUGGUGCUCUUGGAUGUGAGUUUCUGAAGAAUCUGUCUUUAAUGGGAGUUUGCUGCAGUCAGAAUGGGAAGUUGACUCUAACAGACGAUGAUGUGAUUGAGAAGAGUAAUCUGAGCCGCCAGUUCUUAUUCCGUGAUUGGAAUAUUGGACAAGCCAAAUCUACAAUAGCUGCUGCCGCGGCUAGCUCAAUCAACCCACUAACACAUGUUGAAGCUCUCCAAAAUCGAGCAAGCCCAGAGACUGAAGAUGUGUUUAAUGAUGCUUUCUGGGAGAGCCUGAGCGUUGUCAUCAAUGCACUGGACAAUGUAAAUGCUAGACUGUACAUGGAUAUGCGGUGUGUAUAUUUCCAGAAGCCGCUUCUAGAAUCUGGAACACUUGGUGCCAAGUGUAAUACCCAGAUGGUCAUACCUCAUCUGACUGAGAAUUAUGGAGCUUCCAGAGAUCCACCUGAGAAGCAAGCACCUAUGUGCACGGUCCAUUCUUUCCCCCACAAUAUUGAUCAUUGUUUGAGCUGGGCCCGCUCCGAGUUUGAAGGUUUGUUUGAAAGAACUCCCAAUGAAGUGAACAAUUUCUUAUCCAACCCCGAAGAAUAUGCUUUGUCCAUGAGAAAUGCAGGUGAUGCUCAGGCCAGGGACCUACUUGAGCGUGUUUAUGAAUUUCUUGAGAAGGAGAGGUGUGAGACAUUUGAGGACUGUGUUAAAUGGUCAAGACUGAAGUUUGAGGAUUACUUCACCAAUCGAGUGAAGCAGUUGACGUUUACCUUCCCAGAGGAUUCUCUCACCAGUACAGGCACACCAUUUUGGUCUGCUCCCAAGCGUUUUCCACGUCCAUUGCAGUUCUCCUCUUGUGAUCCAGGGCAUCUCCAAUUUAUCAUGGCUGCUUCUAUUUUGAGAGCGGAGUCUUUUGGGAUUCCUGUUCCUGAUUGGGCCAAAAACCCAAAGAUGUUAGCUGAUGUUGUUGAUAGUGUCUUAAUUUCUGAUUUUAAGCCAAAAAAGGAUGCUAAAAUUGUAACGGAUGAGACAGCAACCAAUCUUACCGCUGCAUCUAUUGAUGAUACUGAUGUAAUUGAAGAUCUUAUUGCUAAAUUGGAAGCAUGUGUCAAAAGGCUUCCCCCAGGGUUUCGAAUGUGCCCUAUUCAGUUUGAGAAGGAUGAUGACACAAAUUACCAUAUGGAUUUUAUUGCUGGGGUUGCUAAUAUGCGAGCAAGAAACUACAGCAUUCCAGAAGUUGAUAAACUUAAGGCUAAAUUUAUUGCUGGUAGAAUUAUCCCAGCAAUUGCAACUUCCACCGCCCUGGCUACUGGCCUUGUUUGUCUUGAACUCUACAAAGUCCUUGCUGGUGGGCACAAAAGAGAAGAUUACAGAAAUACCUUCGCUAAUCUCGCACUCCCAUUGUUCUCCCCGGUUGCUCCCAAGGAAAUUAAGCACCGUGAUAUGAAAUGGACGGUGUGGGAUCGUUGGAUCAUAGAAGGGAACUUGACACUAAGUGAACUCCUGAAAUGGCUAUCUGAUAGGGGACUCGGUGCAUAUAGCAUUUCCUGCGGUACGUCAUUACUUUACAAUAAUUUGUUUGCUAGUCAUAAUAACCGUUUGGAGAAGAAAAUAGUGGACUUAGCAAGAGAAGUGGCUAAGGUGGAGGUGCCUUCGUAUAGAAGGCAUCUAGACGUCGUUGUUGCUUGUGAGGAUGAUGAAGGCAAUGACAUUGAUAUACCGCUCAUUUCCAUUUACUUUCGAUAGUUAAUAUUAGAUUAGAGAACAUAGCUAUAAAUUAGAUUGCUAUUUGUCCUAAGAAUAUAAAGUUUAUUAUGCCAUCGGCUUAGAUUUUCGUCUGUCAUUUUUCAUUUUUAUUGCGGUGAGUUCUAUGCAAAAUGGUGUUGUGCUACCAUUUUUCUUUAAAGGGGAAUAGAAAUUAUACAAGGAAUUUCCUUUACAAAUUUCUAUAUUGGAAGUCAUUUUCACCUGUCA